GGGAACCAGCUCCGGGAGAACCCAGCACCGGGGGAACCAGCACCGGGACCGGGAGAACCAGCACCCAGACCGGGUGGACUUUGCAGCCGACAGAGAGAGCGUGGCAUCCGCGUCUCCAUCCGAGACUAAAUCUGAAGCCGGAGGUGACAACUAAUCAACAUUGACGCUUAACAUAAAAACAGAAGAAGGAGUUUGUUUGUGAAGAGAGUGAGAACACGUCAGCCUCCUCCUCAGUUUUACGGAUUGCGAGUCCACAACAGCCGAAGAAGCUACAGUUUGCAGACGCUGAAGGAAGCGUGCUGAGGAAGAAUAGUGCAAAUGGUGCUGCAGGACCUCCUACCCUGUCAGCCCCACUUCAAAAAGGUGGAGGUCACAGGAUUCCUGCUGACAUCAAGGAUUUGAGGAUUAACCAUACACCUGGAAAGAGAGACUGUGCUUAUGUUUACCAUAAUGGCACCUGCAAGAACGGCCAAACUGUGUGCUCGGCUCUUCCUGCUGUUUCUUUGCUUGACACUACAUGCCGGCAUGCUUCAGUUCACUACAGCUACGAUACAAGGAUACAUUGGAGACAGGGAUAUAUGCCCAUCUGUAUGCAGGUGCGAUGAGGACUUCAUCUACUGCAAUGAUCGUGGCCUGAAUUCAAUUCCCUCACUGCCACCAUCUGCGUCUGUCCUCUACCUUCAGAACAACCACAUAAACAACCCAGGUUUGCCCACCUCUUUGGAGCACCAACUUGCUAUCCGAGUGGUCUACCUCUAUGAUAAUGAACUGGAUGAAUUCCCUCUACAUCUGCCACCAUCCGUGCGUGAACUGCAUUUGCAGGACAACAACAUCCGCACUAUUCCUCGGAGUGCACUAGCUCGGAUGCCUUUGUUAGAGAAGCUCCACUUGGAUGACAACUCUAUUUCUACAGUCAGUAUUGAGGAUCAGGCCUUUGCUGACAACCCACGGUUGCGCUUGCUUUUCCUUUCACGCAACCAUCUGUCUAGUAUCCCCUCAGGACUGCCUGCUUCUCUGGAGGAACUGCGUUUGGAUGACAACCGAAUCUCCACAAUCCCAACCCAUGCCUUCCGAGGACUCAGCUCACUUAGAUGUCUUGUCCUGGACGGAAACCUUUUGGCAAACCAGCGUAUAGCUGAUGACACAUUCUCUCGUCUUUCUAACUUGACUGAGUUAUCCCUUGUCCGAAACUCCCUCCAGACCCCACCUGUAAACUUGCCCAGUGCUCAUCUUCAGCGCCUGUCUCUACAAGAAAAUGCCCUAACCCAUAUGCCACGUGGGUCCUUAGAUGGCAUGCACAGGCUACAGAGGCUGGAUCUGUCAGCAAACAACCUGACCACCCUGCCAAAGGGACUGUUCAAAGACUUGGACAGCUUGGGUCAACUGUUGGUGCGAGGUAAUCCUUGGCACUGUGGCUGUAACCUGCGAUGGUUGUAUGAUUGGCUGCAUGCCCGUGGUAACACCAUCACUGUCAGAGGUCUCACCUGCCAUGGACCUGACAGAGUGCGAGACAUCGCUUUGAUAGACCUGGCCAGCGAGAUGGACGAAUGUGAAGUGGUUAGGACAGCAGGGACCAGAGACAGAGUGGGUGGAGGUGGAGUAGAUAGCUCUACUACUAACACCCCUCCACAGGGCUCACUCUUCACCCUUCGAUCAAAACGACCUGGAUUGGGGCUUCCUGACUCUGGUUUAGACUACACUCUUAGCAGCAGUGGUGUGGGGAAGAGCCUGGCCCUCAAUGUGAAGCCUCUCUCCCACAACAGUGUCCGUGUCACCUGGAGCGUGGCUCAGCCCAGCUCCUCUUUCAGGCUGAGCUGGCUGCGACAGGGCACUGGAAAUGCCAUGGGAUCGAUAACCGAGACGUUAGUCCGGGGGGACCGUAGAGAGUACCUGCUUACCUCGUUGCAACCACGUUCGAGCUACAUCAUCUGCAUGGUACCCCUGCCUCCUAGUUCAGAAAGUAAAGGGGCAAUUUCCGGAGAUGCUGACUCUGAUGAAGCUCUGGUGUGUGCAAAAGCUGAAACAUCAGACCAAAGCCCAUUAGAGGAGGAAGAGGAUAAAGAUUCACAGCAAAUGACAACAUUGCCAUUGGCAGGGAUUAUUGGUGGAGCUUCUGCCAUUGUGUCUUUGGCUCUUAUUUUUUGCAUCUUCUGUUGGUAUGGACAUCGGACUGGGAAGUUGUGUUCCCGUGACCACUAUACUCGCAGCAGUUCUCGAAAAAGCAAAACCUAUGAUGAUUACAUUGAGUCAGGCACCAAGAAGGACAAUACCAUCUUGGAGAUCCGUGGCCCAGGAUUCCAGAUGACACCAAUGGCGGCUUGCCAGCCAAUGCAGCCUAAACCCCUAAGAGAGGAUUACAUCGUUCAUACCAUAUUCCCCUCCAAUGGCACUGGCCUGUACAAAGGUGCCAACCAUGUCUCUAAUGCAGGACAUGGCACCAACCGUGGCUAUAGAGAAGGAGGAAUCCCAGAUAUAGACUACUGUUACACAUGAUGUACUGUACCAGAUCUUGUUCACAGUGUUAUUGGUAAACUGUAUAGAUGCACAAUUUCCCUUCGCAUGGACACUUCUGAAGCACCCCUCUGUGCCUUCUUCUGGUCACCCAUUCCAAAUUACCUGCUGUUCAAUGCUCUGAAAGUACAGAUUAUGAGGAACUGGAACUGAAAUCAUGUGGGAACAGUUCGCCGCAGGAAGCAGUAGCCAGCAGCCCAGGUGUAAAUGCACAGCUGACCAUUUCUUCACCAUCUCAACAAUGGCCUGUGUAUGUUUUCUUUUUAGCUCUGCCCCUGUGACAUGUUAAAAACGAAUGUAUCCACUGUGGAAAGGUCAAACUCAGCAAAGGUGCAGGUAGUCUUCUUCCUCACACAGGAGCCACAGCAGUCGAUUCUAAAUGGAUUAAGAAGUUAUGGAGAACAGACAUCAUUGGUUAUCAUUUCCUGCUCACUGAUCAUGCACAGUAUGUAGUCUUAUAAACUCAUUGUUCCAAAUGCCUCAACUAUAUUGUUGUGCCCUACCAGCUAUCCAAGGAAAGGGCUUU